AUGAAUGUUGGGACAGUCGAGAAGAUUGUGUUAGAUCGCUUCGUGAUGCAUUAUGGUUCUAUCACAAAAAGUAUGGCUAUGAUUUGCACUCCUUGUGCAAGAACUUUUAGGGAUCUAGUCAGACUUCAUACUAUGGCGGAAACUGAGAUGCGAAGUAAACAAAUCCCCGCUGUAGUUCCUUUGUAUGUGGAUAAUUAUGAAGAUUUGCUGGAUUUGGAGAUCACUGCCACACCAAUGCAAGGCCCAACAACUUCUAGGGCACAUAUGGAAUCUAAACCCUGUCAUCACGCAAUUCCCCCAAAUCCUACAAUGGGACAGCAUUUCUCCGUACGCGAACAUGAAAAAGAGAAGAUUUCGUCCCAAACAGGACCAACAGAACCUUCCACUGGAAAUGCGGUGGUGACCGCCGAGGAGUCUGAGCCCUACUCUAAAGAAGAGUUAAAAGAGCUAAUGGAGCUAUUUGGUCUAUUAAUGGAUGACGAUGAUCCAUCCGGUCAACAGUCAACAGAAACUGGUCCUAAUGAUCAUGGGUGCAUUGCAGAGGCUCAAGACUUGGAGCAAUUACUGUCUGGAGAGGAUGCACAUACUGCCUCAGGAACAGGGGAAUCGUCUUCAGACGAAAAGGAGGCUCUUACAUGUGAUGAUCCCCCGGUUCGUGAAUCAUAA